AACGACAGAAUUAUAGAUUAUAGAUUUCCAAUAAAUUAUACAUACAGUUACAAUGAUACAUAGAUCAUACAUUAAAAAUGACAAGUGUCAGACAAAACGACAAGAGCACAGAUAUCAUCGAUCGAGACACGCAUUGAAGUGUGCUAGCUGGAAGUCGGUGAUGACUUUUCCUUCUCCCAAGUAGCUCCCAACUACACAAACAUGACAGACUACGCCGAAGAGCAAAGAAAUGAAUUAGAAGCCAUCGAGUCAAUUUACCCGGACUCUUUUACAGUGUUUUCAGAGGAUCCCAUCAGCUUCACGAUCACGGUAACAUCUGAUGCUGGGGAGAACGGGGAAACUGUGGAAGCCACUUUGAAGUUCACCUACGUGGAGAAAUACCCUGAUGAGCCCCCGCUGUGGGAGGUCCACUCCCAAGAGAACCUGGAGAACAGCGAUGUGGAGGGUAUCCUCACUUUGCUACAGCAACAGGCGGAAGAAAACCUGGGAAUGGUGAUGAUUUUCACCCUGGUGACAGCUGUGCAGGAGAAACUCAAUGAAAUCGUGGACCUGAUAAAGAACAGAAGAGAAGAGGAGAAAAUGCGGAAAGAGCGGGAGGCAGAGGAAGCAGAGAAGGUGGCGUUCCAGGGCACGGUGGUAACCAUUGAGAACUUCCUGGCAUGGAAAGCUGCCUUUGACCUGGACAUGGCCGAGUUGCAGAGGAAAAAACAGAAAGAGGAGGAGCAAUCGGGCAAAGCAAAACUCACUGGCAAACAGCUGUUUGAGAGAGACCACAACCUGGACACAUCAGACAUCCAAUUUCUGGAAGACGCUGGAAACAACGUGGAGGUGGAUGAAUCCUUGUUUCAGGACAUCGACGACUUGGAUCUGGAGGAUGACGACCCUGACUUUGACCCUUUAGAGAUGGGCAGUGAUGAGGACUAAAGCUGAGAGGACUGACGAAACGCGUGGAAUACGAACCAGACGCCAUUUUUUAUUUUUAUUUUGAAGACACGAGCAUCUGUUGGAAUAUAAGCACACAUGAUGUUGAAUCCAUGUUCCAUUUGCUGGCAAUGCUGGCUGUGCACGUGCACAUCCUUCAGUGACAAACCAGUUGAUUAGAUUAAACGUUUUUAAUCACCCGACAGCCCCAGUGAGUUCACAUUGUCCGUGACAAGAAGAGCAGUGGAAAAAAAAAAAUGUACAAGUUGUGCAUUUCUCCGGCCGUUCCAACCUGAAGACGCUCAUACUAACAUUUUUCCACAUCCCAAAACAUUCACGCUUUUACAGAAAUCCCACAUUUUCUGUGCAGCGUUCCAGUUGCGCUUCGCCUCUUCGGCAUUCACACGCCUUUUCAUGGCAGAAAUGGCCUGCUCUGGUUUGACAUGUUACUCAGUGGAUCAAAAUAGCAAAAAAAAAAAUCACAGAAAUAAUAAACAAUAUACUAUCCCAGUUUUGCUCACAUGGACACUGACACACACCACAUUCAUGUCUUAUUUUCUCUUAUGUCAACUGUAUUGGCUCAUACGAGUGUAAAGGUGACUAUAGGGGUGUUAUUUCAUGUCUAGAGGGCUCUAAUGACGUUAAAACCUGUAUUUAGAAGAUUGUAAGCAGGUUUUCUAUGUCUUAUUUUCUCUUAUGUCUGCUAUAUUGGGUCAUAGGAGCGUAAAGGUGGCUGCGGGGUGUUAUUCCACGUCUGGAGGGCUCUUAAUUCUGUUCAUCACAUUUAGAAGGUGGCAAACAGGUUUUAUAGCUCAUAUUUUCUCUUACAGUAUGUCUACUAUAUUGGGUAAUAGGAGUGUAAAGGUGACUAUAGGGGUGUUAGUUCAGGUCUACAGGGUUCUAAUCAUGUUAAACACCACAUUUAGAAGGUGGUAAAGAGGUUUUCUAUGUCUUGUAAGUUUUAGUUUCUCAUUACUGUAUGUCUACUAUAUUGGUUAACGGGAGUGUCAACAUGACUGUAGGGGUGUUAUUUCAUGUCUAGAGGGCUCUGAUAAUGUUAAAAAGCGUAUUUAGAAGGUGGUAAGCAGGGUUUCUAUGCUGUGCCGAUGAAAAUACUCCAUUCAUACUUGGCAUACUUGACAUUCAUUUAUCAGGGUUGGGUGUGGAAUCAAUUCACUGCCGUGAAGGAGGGAUUACUGUACGUCCAUUUCCCAAACACGACUACACACACUCAAACGCUUCAGGCUAAACGGAAAUAGUCAUUCAUGUUUAAAGUGUAAAUAUUGUUUUUUUUACAUUUGUAUGAAGAAUCAGUAAUACAACAGGAAGAACGGCCUCAGACGCUUUUCAUGGCAGAAGAGGCAAGAAAAAAGGCGGAAGGGCGGGAAAGCCUGCGGCAGACGGACGGCUGGUCACGCCACGUCUGUCUUGUCCCACGUGAAAGACACGGGGAAGUCCUUCAUCUCGCUCUGGAAGACCCGCUCAAAGAUGUCGUUCUGAGCCACAGUGAAGUGGUUCUUCCAGUCACCGAUGGUUCCUUCAGUUCGCACACACGAGAACAACAUGGAAUCUAUGCAGCUAUGGAUCUACACAUCUACACAGGAGAACAACAUGGAAUCUAUGCAGCUAUGGAUCUACUGUAUACAUGUACACAUCCAACACAGUGAAACGUUGCUAUCUAGUAAAGCAACCCAACUGGUAUACAGUUUAUAUUUCUAUUUCACCUCAGAUUGUUACUAUCAACUUCACUCUUGGCGCUCUUUCUUCUCAUUUUUUGCCGUUUUUUUUUUCUUGCAUUUUCCAAAAUAGUUCAACUUUCUUGUACUUUAUUCUGGUAAUAUUAUGACUUUUUAUGGCCAAAAAUGACAACUUUACUCAUGGUUUUGUUUCUUUCUCAUAUUACGACUUGUAAAAAAAACAAUAAAACGUAUUUUUUCUUGAAUAUUUCAGCUUUGUGCUACUAAAAUGAUGUUAUUUUUAAGAUUCAUUCUAGUAAAAUGUUUCCAUUUCCGCUGU